AUGUCUGUAACACCGACCUGCUAUAAUAUAUGCAUGGUCUCAGACUUUUUCUACCCAAAUAUGGGAGGAGUGGAAAGCCAUAUUUAUCAGCUGUCAUCUUGUCUGGUGGAAAGAGGACAUAAAGUGGUUAUAGUCACACACUGUUAUGGAGAUCGGAGUGGGGUUCGCUAUCUGGCAAAUGGAAUAAAGGUGUACUAUUUACCGUUCCCUCCUUUCUACAACCAGUGUGUGCUGCCGACGUUGUUUCUGACUCUGCCAUUAUUGAGAAACAUUUUUGUGCGUGAGAACAUCCAGAUUGUGCAUGGACAUUCUGCAUUCUCCACGUUGGGACAUGAAGCCAUGUUCCAUGCUAGAACUAUGGGCCUGCGGACAGUCUUCACAGAUCACAGCCUGUUUGGCUUUGCUGAUGCCAGCUCCAUCCUCACAAACAAGAUCCUGAACUUUUCACUGACAGAUUGCACACAUGUUAUUUGUGUGUCUCAUACUUG